CGACGAGACGGUGCAGUUUAGUGCCCACCAAGGCCUACCUAAAUCCGCACCCAGAUCAUCAACUUCCUAUGUCAACACAGGAAAACACCCACCGCCGAAGUACAUCUCCAAGAUGACUGCCUCCGUGGAUUCAACUCUGUCAACCGCUGUGGAACCCUAUAUUCGGCGCACUGUCACGGCCCUCAGAUCGGCUGCCUCCGAGCACGAUGCUGUGAAGGAAGACACCACUCUGCAGGAGGCGUUUCACGAAGCUGGUCGAACUCUUCCUCUUAUUCAGAAAGCACUUGAAGAAUCCCCAGCGGAACUCCAGGGAGUGACCCAGAAGACUCUGGAGUCGCUGCGAGAGUGCCAUGUCAAAGCCGAGAUCUGCAAGGCUAUCUUCCUGGCUGUCGCUGAUGCGCAGCCUGAGAAAAGGCAGGAAGCCUACAAGGAGGCCGUUCAAAAGAGAAGCAAAGGAAGGACAGUUGAAGAGUUAGUAAUCGGGAUUGCAACUGAUAUUUGCGGACUGGGCGAGAUACUUGUCAUCCAGAAGCAUGUUGAGGGACUACGUGGUGCCAUCGACCGCCUCAGCAAGAUGGAGCCGUCCCUGCCAAAGGCAAAGACUGACGGCGUCUUCAACAACUAUGGCACCGGAGACCAACUCAACGCUCCUGGCGGUACCGUGAACAAGAGCACAGGCAGUGGCAACCAAUUUCCUGGGGCUAAUUUCUCUGGGUCAGUGUAUUUCGACAAGGAGGGCUCUCGAGAGCAUGGACCUUAAGAUACUUAGGCAGAGCCGAUCAAGUUAGCUGCGAAUUAAUCUGACACAAACUUAAUUUGUCACA